AUCUGUGCAAUGUUCGUGGCAGCUGUACUGCACGCGCUUUCAAACAUGUCCGUAUCGCCGAAUUUCCAGCCACAAUCUUCGUAUCGCUCCGCAAAUUCGUGAUAACUCACGCGUGUUGCUAAGUGCGCAGCUCUUAUCGCAUUCGUCUGUGUUCUUUUACGAAUCAUGAUCAUCGCAAUGUUUCUGCGAGUCGCGAAUCAUCCGCCGCACAAAAAAGCGUCCGGAACAGCUGGCCUAACGUCGAGUGCUUCCCUCUGGAAGUCGUCCGUUCACGUGUGUGUUCUCAAGAGUCCCUCCAAGAAGUUUGUCUCUUCAGGUCAGCCUCAACUUCGUGCUCGAGAAAGACCCCAGCGAACCAGUUCGCUAUCAGUUUUUGUUCGGCGGUAUCUUAUCCAAGUCCCCUGUUCAAGUAUCAGCACGCCCUUUCAGUCUAAAAGACUUUGGUCGUCUAAAAGAAAAAGAAAAACGAGAUGGGACCGUAGGAUUAGUCUUCAUCCGCAGAUGAAGACAUAGGUCUUCGGCCCUUGUGCUCGUUCUUUUCUACGAUUUGCUUCUUGACCUUAUCAGGUAACCAUGUAUUAUGACCCAGAUAUGUCUGCUCUUAUCAGAGGCGACUCUCGAAAGUGACCCUUCCAGCGAAGAAGUGUUGCGUGAUGAAACUGCGCGCUUUGGAAAAGAAAAAAAGCGCCUUCUGUGGAUCCGUUUGAACUUGUGCGCCGGGGAGGUUCCCCAGCUUGCGGGUGACGCCUGUCGGCAGUUUCAGUCGGUCCGUCGCCGUCAUGGAGGCGGCCCAAGUACUGGCGCCGGUGCUGCUCUUCGUGGGGAACGCGGUCUCCGGGAUCCUAGCCCACUGGCUGCAUCUUCGGUUGGACGCCAAGCAGCGGCAUCCACGGUACUUCUGCAGCGCCAUGCUGUUCACCGGCGGACUACUGCUCGGCGUCAGCUUGUUGGAACUCCUUCCACAAGCCUCUGACGUCAUGAGCGGUCUCCAGCCCCACUUCCCGGUCGCCGAGGUCACCUUGUCUUCGGGCUUUCUGCUCUCUUUUCUUGGCCAAGAGCUCCUGCGAGCGUACAGUCUCUUCCGGAACCGACGUAUCAUGAGCCGAAGCUCUUCCGAAGGAUCUCCGCUGGGCUCCGUCAGCGGAUCUUACUACGGAUCUACGGCCAACGGCAGCAACUUGAUGCCUCAACCUCGACCCUCUGACCUGUUCGUCGCACCGGUGGUCCAGGGAUCACUCAUCUUGCUGGGAUCCGUUUCUUUGGCGUACUACCUUCGAAGCAAUACCCUGGGAGCGACGGCCGACUUCACGUGGAAGGCUUUCCUAACCACAGCGAUGCAAAGCUACCUUCUGGCCUACGCUGUUUCUUUGGUCCUGUACGCGUCUGCAGGACGUGGGACCCUCAUGCUUUGGGGUUCAGUGUUCUAUGCGAUUGUUCCAGCGUUGGGCUGUAUCGUGGGACUUGCCGCGAGGUCGAAGAUGAACGAAGUCGCCGCAGGCGUCAUGGACGCCCUCUGCGGAGGAGCUGUCCUCUUUGUGACGUGCUUCGAGGUCCUGCAACGGUAUGGUCGCAGUGCGCUUCCUCCGCCAUUGCAGCUAGUUCCAGUUGCAGCAGGGAUGGGCGUUUGGGCGCUGUUUCUUUAUCUGUUUCCUAAGGGGCACUGAAGUGGUGAACAAUGUACUACCUUCGGAGAGCAACGACACGCCUGGACGCCUGCAAGCAUGACUUUCCUACAUGGAUUUCACUUAGCCAACGAGAGUGGCAGACAUCAUUGCAGACGCAGCGCUCGCGAGACGGUAGAAGCACGACGAUCUGAUACGUCCGUUCUGUGGAGCUAUUGUUUGCGUAAAAAGUGAUUGUGUGAGUGUGUUUGAUGUCUAGUUUUUUAUGAACGUAUUUUGUGUGUAUUUAACGUGGGUUUUUUUUUUUUGUAAAGUUAAGGACGAGAUUGGGUGUUUGAUCAUCCAGAAAAAGUGUGAUGUAUUUUUAAAUUUAACUUUCUCUUUCUUACAUCAUUUGCACCUUCUUCAUCAAAACAUCACUGUAUCUGACAUUGUCAUUUAUAGACAUUUUUUAGACCUGUUACAACUUAUAGCAUUAGGUUUCCUCAUACUCUUUUAUCCCAUAACACACUCUGUCAUUACAAACUGACGCGCAUGUCUUAUAAAAAAAUCUGCAUGAAUUCACUGAUCUCUUAAGACUAUGGCUUUGUCAGUUCAGUUUCACCGUCCUUUCAGGAACCUGCAUCAUAGACGCAUGAGGACAACCGCAUUCAAAUUCUCAUGCCAUUCAUCCAAACACGACCCUACUCUGGGUUACUGUAACACGUGACAACGCCUUUUUAUAUUUUUUCUACCGUGUUAAAUAUUAUUUUAGGCGUAAAGGCCCGUUCGCAUAGAGAUUGACUGCCGCAGGGAUACAGCCAUACAGUGUAACAUAAAUAAAUUACGCGUCUUUUUUUUUGCCAAAUGUUAUUUAAAGCUGACGGACCAUUUUUUUAAAAAAAGAAGCCGUCAGUUUGGACUAUGUUUUUAGAAAUGGUUCGAAUCGACCACUGAAGGCAAUUCAAGAUGUGAGGUCUCGUAUUUGUGUCUCAGAAAUGGGCGCACCUUAAAAGACCUGGUCAUGAUGACAAAGAGCCCCGAGACUAGAGCCGCGGACAGACUGCUAACACAUCAUACAAAGUACACUGUCUGAGGCGUGAUGUUUCAGGGUACCAUGCAUGGUCCCGUCACAUGGCCAUGCAAUAAAAUAGUAUGCAGAUAUGUUCGAACAUUUCUAUGAAGAAAA